GGUUCGGUGAGCCUGGCUUUCUCCAGGCCACAGCAGACAUACAGAGAGUGAGAACGAGAAGCACUGGGCCUGCACUGGCUUCAGCCGGCAGGACUUCCCAAUAGUUUGGUCCUGGACUGGGUCUGGAGAUGUGUUCUGGUUCUUCACAUGAGAGGAGAGGCAUGGAUGGCCUGAAGAGAAUCUUGGCCUGCCUAGUUCUGCUCCUUCUCUGCUCUCUGGCUUACACUCAGAAGCUCUCGCCCACAGGGAAGAAUGUCUGUCUCAGUCCCAGAGACUCCUCUCAUGUGUGUUGUUCUGGAUGGGCUCAGCAAGGUGAAGAGUGCACUAUACCACUCUGUGAGGGAGAGGAAGCCUGCAUGCUAGAUGAGGUAUGUGUGUAUCCAGGAGUGUGCAGAUGUAAACCUGGCUUCUAUGGGUUCAACUGCAAAACUCGCUGUCCUCCUCAGUUCUGGGGCUCAGAUUGCCGCAAACUCUGUCUUUGCCACCCUCAUGGACACUGUGAUGCUGCUACGGGCGAAUGUACCUGCCUGCCCAACCGCUGGGGCAAGCUGUGCCAGAACAGCUGUAAAUGUAGCCGUCAUGGGCACUGUGACCCAUUGUAUGGAAACUGCACCUGUGAUGAGGGCUGGUGGAGCUCUACCUGCAGUAAGGCCUGCCAGUGCCACCAGGGUACAUCUACUUGUAACCAGACAACGGGCCGCUGCCUCUGUAAAGAGGACUUCUAUGGCUUGAAGUGCAGUCUGCGCUGCAACUGCAACAUGUCACCCUGCCUGCAGCACUCAGGGGACUGUCUGUGCCGUCAGGGCUGGUGGGGGCGGAACUGCGACCGCACCUGCAUCUGCGACCUCAGCCACGGAAACUGUGACCCGAACACAGGCAUCUGCAUGUGUGAGCCAGGCUACAAGAACCCUCUCUGCCAUGAGCCAUGCAGGGCAGGCUUCUACGGGAGAGGCUGUACACAGAGCUGUGGACACUGUGAGGGGAACAGGCCAUGCUCCAAGCUGGAUGGCUCAUGCAAUGCCUGCGCUCCAGGGUGGAAUGGCUCACACUGCGACCAGCCCUGUCCGCUGGGUUACUAUGGCAUCCGCUGUCAGGAGGUGUGUCCCCACUGCAAGAAGAAGGAGUCAUGUGAUGCAACAACAGGAGAGUGCUCACGCUGUGACCCGGGCUUGACUGGACCAAGGUGUGACCAGCCCUGCCCAAAAGGGACUUUUGGAGAUGGUUGUCGCUUCCAGUGCAACCCCUGCUAUCAUGGCCACUGUGAUCAGGUGACAGGAAGUUGUAUUUGCCAGCCUGGCUUCCUGGGUGAGAGUUGCAACAGUUCAUGCCCAGAGCGUCUGUAUGGAAUAAACUGCUCUUUGUCCUGUGACUGUGGAUUUGACAAGUGCCAUCCUGCAACUGGGGCAUGUCCUUACAGCAGUCGAGCAGGGCUUCUUGCAGGGCUUCUGGUUCCUCUGCUGCUUCUUGUCCUUGCAUUAUUAUUUUGCUGUUGCUGUUGUGGAAGCCCAGUUGAUGGAAAGGAUAGAGUGGCAGUAGGGGACGGUAGCACAACGGGCCGCAUGAAGCAUCAUGUCUACACAGUGCUUGCCAACAUGAGCGCAGCCAUGCCAUGCCUCACUCUCUGGUCCUCUGGACUUCCAAGGGUUACAGUGUCUCAUCAUGAUCCAGAGCUCACCUUUAACCACAGUUUUAUCGAGCCACCCUCCUCAGGCUGGGUUACUGACUCCUUUGAGACUGAUGAGGAGGGAGAGGCGGUGUACUGUAUCCCGCCCAGAGAAGACAUCCCAGCUGUAGCAGGAGGUGAGUUCCAGGAGCUGAGCUCUAAGUGUAAUGUCUUCCCUGAUGCGUCCGCGUUCAGCAGUGAGGACAUGUCUCUGGCUUUUGGCAUUCCCCGUACCUCCAGCAUCGCCAAGUCCAAACGGCCCUCCGUCUCCUUUGCUGAGGGCACGAAGUUCAGCUCUAAAGAGCGCCGUGGCUCAGCACAAGAGAUGUCAACUAAUGCCCGCAAGUCUAAAGCCCCCUGGGGGGUCCUUAUGCUCUCUGCAUUGCAGCAGGGGAACCAUGGGCAAGUGGAAGGAGAGAAGGAGGAACGUAUUGAUGAGGCCAAUGCCUCCACUGAGGACCAAGAGGCUAAUUCAGCACCUGAGACUUCUCAGGCAGACUCAGAAAGGUACAGUUCGGCACCCUCAAAAACGUAUCUCACUGUCCCAGGCAGUAGGCGGCGCACACUGUCCAACACCAGGAAAAACCUUCAGCCGCAGGCCUCCUCUGAUGGCCAGGAGGCAGAUGUGGAUUCAGAGAAAGUAACCACCGUCUACAUGACUGUGGGCAAACCUAUUCAAGUAGCAAAGCCUGAGAGCAGCUCUGAAGGGCCAGUGCAGGCCAUGCUACGCAGGCUGGGCAGCAUUCAAAGACACAAAGAGGAAGCAAACCGGCCCAAAGGAAAAGGGCCUGCCAUGACGAAACCCCCACGCAGGAAACUGGGGGCACGGGCCAGUGUCUGGGAGCAGGCUGCUGGGCCAGGCCCAUCUGAAGUAGUCAUAAGAAAGCCUAGUCGCAAGAAACAAGUCUUGGCAGGGGCAACAGAAUCUCCACAUGAGAACAGUACCCCCAAGAGGCCCCUGUCCUGCACGCUGAACAGUGUUCCUGAAAGCCCUGUGCAAGGGUCAGUAGAGGGCACUGACCCAAGCGCAAAUUCUGAAGCCAACACACAGACAGAUGCAGGCUACGAGACAGUGGCUCCAGCUGAUGAGGCUUCCACAGUAUCAGAGGUCAUUGUUAAUGAGACUCUGGCAGCAGAAGAUGAAGAGCCCAGUUAUGAGAAUGUCUAUAUAAAACCUUCAUGAGAUCAGAUUUAUAUAGUCCCUUUUAAUUAAACUGAUAUUCAAAAUACAUUAAUAACAACAUAAAUUUGAGCUAGAAUAAGCUCCCACAUCGGCACUUCAUUUAAGAUUGUCUGUUCAUGUAAAUAGAAGAAUAAGGAUCUUUAAGAGAUGAUCAGAAGGUUGUUGAGUUUUUUAAAUAAAUGUAGAGCAUGUUGCCACUUUAUUGUUUAGGUAUCCUGAAUAUUCCUUUUUUCUUGUGUAUUUUAAACUUUUAUGUAUAUAUUUUUAACAUUUUCAGACUGCUCCUGUUUUCAUAGCCAAUUUAUGUAGAGAAGGACUUCACCAAAAAUGUAAAUAGCUCACAUAAAGCAGGAUACUCAAAGCCUUGUUAAAUUCAUUAAAAACUGAAUUACAGAUUACUAAUGUUCAAUGAGUGAAGCAGAACCAACUCAAAAUGGACUAAUGUUUAUUUUUAGCUUGACAAUCUAAAGGUUUUGUGAUGUCUGAUGUUAAUAGUCCUGUUUGAUGCUAUGCGGGUACACAAAACACAGAUAAAUGGAUAAAACCUUCUUUAAAGGUGUUCACAUUUUUUAAGAAAACUUCCAAAAUACAUUUUAAACAGCUCCUCUGCUUGUUCAUUGCCUAAAUGAGUCCAUAAAUAAAACAAUAGAGCUGUAAAUAAGCCCUUUCCCUAAAGGCACGUCCCAACUGUUUAACAUGAUGCCUCAUCUUUCUUCUCUCUUCAUCUACUGUUGAACAAAUUUGUCCAUGCACGUCUGAAGUAAACACAUCUGUUUUGA